UUUCGAAUGAAUUUAUAAUUUCUAAAAUCGAUUUUCAUUACAUUUAUAUGGUUUUGUAAUCUAGGUUAAAUAUCGUCUGCGUACUUGCUAGUGAGUGGUGUCAAAGUGUCAUUGAUAUUGAUACAGAAAGAGAGAAACAGAAGAAGUGUUUUGAAAGUUAGGUUACAUUUUUUAACGGGCUGGUUUUGGUUAUUGUUGUUGGUUAGGAUACGUUCAUACAAUCGGUAUAAUGACAGAUAAAAAUUCAAGCGGCCGUGAUGUACCCCUCAACCCUAAAUCACAAUCUCCCAAAACUGAUACAUCAUCUACUUCUAAUGACAAUGAAGAAAUUGUAGACUCUGAAGAAAUAAUUAUAAUCGAUCCGCAAACAGAAGAAUUGGAUUUGAAUCAUGGAAGAAUUGGAAAACUGGAAAACUUAGAGCCACUGACUCGCAUACAAAGAUUGUACCUGCGAUGGAAUCAUAUUAAAAAAAUUGAAAAUCUUAGCACGCUUGUUACAUUAAAGGAGCUGGAGUUGUAUGAUAAUCAAAUUACCAAAAUUGAGAACUUGGAUGCGUUGGUGAAUUUAGAAGUUUUAGAUCUUUGCUUCAAUCGAAUAAAGACCAUUGAGAAUUUAAAUGCAUUAAAGCAAUUAGAGAAAUUGUAUCUAACAUCAAAUCGAAUAGUGAUUAUAGAAAAUAUUGCAAAUUUAACAAAUUUGACUCUUUUGGAACUUGGUGAUAACAAAAUCAAGGAAAUUCAAAAUCUAGAGUCAUUAGUUAACCUACGCCAACUUUAUUUGGGAAAAAAUCGAAUAUCCAAAAUAUCUAAUUUGGAUAAUUUGAGAAAUUUAGAAUGUUUAAGCUUGCAAUGCAAUAGAAUAUCAAAAAUUGAAAAUCUCGAUAAGCUUACUCAAUUGACAGAGUUAUAUAUCUCUGAAAAUGGAAUUACAGAAAUUGAGGGUCUUGAAUGCAAUUUGAAGUUACAGACUCUAGAUUUAGCUAUUAAUAAAAUAAAAAUGAUUAAGAAUGUGGAUCAUCUUGUAGAUUUGGAAGAGUUUUGGAUUAAUGAUAAUGAGAUACAUGACUGGGAUAACUUGAAUAACUUGACAAACAACAAGAAAUUGAAUACAAUUUAUUUAGAUCAUAAUCCUUUGGCUACCAACACGAUGUACCGUACUAAAGUCAAGUUAACUCUUCCCUGGCUGAAGCAAAUAGAUGCCACCUUAUGCAAAUAAUUGCAAUUUAUUUGAGGAAAUAUCUAUUAUACAAUCCU